CAUUUCAUCUGCUUUAGCUCCCGAUCUAAGCUCAUUACAUUCUAGAAAACACGGUUAUUUUUGAUUGGUGGAAGCUUAAUUUGAUUUAUUAACACUGAAAAAGGACAAUUUUAAGACUCUUGGCUUGACUUGAGACAAGUUUUCCUCUGAUGCAGUUUGAAAACUACAGUAUGUCUCAGCCAAACUUAGCAAUGUUAGUUUGACCUAAAGGGAGUUUUUGCAAAACUCAAUCUUUAAUUGGUUAAAUAUUUAAAGCUCUAGAAUUGUAAAUGAUAAUAAUAAAUCAUGGUUUAAUUAAUCUCAAACUGUGUUUUAUUUAUUAUGUAAUAAAUAGACCCAGUUCAACAUUAUAGGCUACAAUGCUUUCUGCAGGAAAUGUUCAGAGUUGCCUCAGGAAAUUAGAAGCUCUACUGCGAGUGAUUAAGUACCCAUCAGAUGUUGAUUACAGGGGGCUUUCCAAAGGAGACCCCUCCUCUUUUCUCCCCAUAGUGAGCUUCACCCUCACCACAUUCUCUCCACCUUUUGCUGAGCAGCUUGUGGCAGCUGGACUGGAACUGUCCGGCAAAACCGACCUCAGGUUCACUGACACGCUUUAUAAGGUUCUAAGAGAUAUCUUCCACUAUAAGCCCAUACUGACCAAGGAGCAGUUCCUCCAGUGGGGGUUUUCUCAGAGGAAAAUCUCCUUCAUCUGUGACAUAAUUAAUCUGGUUUUGCAGAGACACAAGCAGCUCCGCAAGCCCAAAGUGAGAUAUCCUGCUAAACACAAUGUCAGAAAGAAAAGUCAGAUGACAACCACUGAUGCAGAUGCUGUGUCCAAACAUCCAUUUGUGGAAGAUCACAGAAGAAAUCCUUUACAUUUUGCUACUUCAGCCAAAGAAGACACUUUUUCUGCUGAUAAUGAAGGCUCUACCCAUCACUCUGAAAUGCCACCCUCUGGUUUAUCUGAAAUCCCAACUCUAGAUGAAGAGGAGUCAAAGGAGAGCUUUUUAUUUGGAAGUUCAUCGGAGGUAGAUGGAAGACUCUCGGCCCUGGAGGCUAAUGUCGACACUCUUAUGUCUGCAUUCAACAAGCUGGAUAUUCUGGAAAAAAGACUCGAGGAGCUGGAGUUCAAAAGUGAAAAUAAGAAUGAUGAGGAAGUUGUUAUGGUACCCAAAGAAAGUUGGGAAAACCUGAUGAGCAGAGUGGUGUUACUGGAAGCUAAACUGGAGCUAAGGGAUAUUCAGCUUAAUGCUUCAUCGCCAGCAGAGCCACUCACCUCCCCCCAUUCCUCCCUUUCAGCUGUUGAUUCCUCACAGAAGGAUCUGAAGGAAAGACUGAAGAGGAUUACUAGCAUGAUGAAGGAAACUUCUAGUCUGUUAAAGAACAAGGAGUCCUGCACUAUCCUGCAUCUAACUUCUGAUGGCGGAGUCGCAUCUUAGCUCUUAAUGUUAUAGUACAUGGACACUUUUCUGUCUUUUUUUUUAAAGUCUAUUGAUGUAUAUAUAUCCCAAAUGAUCACUUUUAUCAAUGCAUUAAAUUUACUACCGGAUAACCUUUUGACAUUAAAUUAUUUGGUUUUAAA